AUCUACAGUUACUAAAGCGGUCUCCAUACCACCGCACGUCUGUGGAACAGACUUCAUUUUCGAAAAAAAAAUCACUGACAGCUGUCAAAAUUCACAGUGGAUUUCGUGUUUUAGUGCGUGUUGUGAAAUUAAAAUUAACGACUUUGUGAGCGCGUGUUACUUGAUUUAGAAAUUUUUUGCUGUUAAUCGAACUUAAAGGUCCGCAGUCGCCGUCCCGCCGCCGACGCGUGCGCACCUCGCAGUCCGUGUGUGUGUGUGAUGUACUAGUGUUGUAGUGUGUGACAACAUGCAGGGCCGGGAUAAGUUGUGUGCCAAGCUCACGAGCGCCUUUCUUAGGAAGUGGUGGUUCGUGCUCGCGUCAGCAAUAGUCCUGUUGCUGGCCGGCAUCAUCUGCGCCAUAUUCUUCGGCACUUGGGUCCGGCUGUUCAUAGACCAUGAGUUGGUCCUCCGGCCGGGCUCCAUGACGUUCGAGUGGUGGGCUCGGCCCCCCGUCCGGCCCUUCGUCAAAGUCUAUGUCUACAACGUCACCAACGCGGACGAGUUCCUCAACAACGGCAGCAAGCCCGUGCUAGACGAGUUGGGACCUUAUAUAUACUCACAAGAAUGGGAGAAAGUGAACAUCACCGACAACGAGAAUGGAACCCUGUCGUUCCACUACAAGAGGACGUACACGUACCGACCAGACCUCAGCGGGAGGUCGGACGACGACGCUGUAGUCGUGCCCAAUAUACCUAUGCUGAGCGCCACAUCUCAAUCCAAGCACGCCGCGCGCUUCCUCCGGCUUGCCAUGGCGUCCAUCAUGGACAUCCUGAAGAUCAAGCCGUUCGUGGAAGUGUCGGUGGGGCAGCUGCUCUGGGGCUACGAGGAUCCACUGCUCAAACUGGCCAAGGACGUUGUGCCGAAGGAGCAGAAAUUGCCUUAUGAGGAAUUCGGCUUGUUCUAUGGGAAAAACGGAACGUCCUCGGACAUCGUCACAAUGUUCACCGGUUACGAAGACAUGAAGAGUUACGGAAUCUUCGAGCGGUACAACGCUCGUGACAAACUGCCUCACUGGACAACUGACCAGUGCAACAGCAUAGCUGGAUCUGACGGCUCCAUCUUCCCCCCUCAUAUCACGAAGAAUGACACGUUGAAAGUCUACGAUAAGGAUCUUUGUCGGCUGCUGCCUCUACAAUACCUCCGCGACGUGGAGUCCCCAGCUGGCGUACAAGGCUACCGCUUCACCCCGCCGCUCGACGUGUUUGCCGCCGAUGACCACAACCGGUGUUUCUGCCCCGCUGGACCGCCGUGCGCGCCCUCUGGCUUGUUCAACGUGUCUUUGUGCCAAUAUGAUUCCCCUAUCAUGCUGUCUUUCCCGCACUUCUACUUGGCGGACGAGAGCCUCCGCGACGCCGUCGAAGGCAUCUCGCCGCCUGAACCAGAGAAGCAUAGACUAUACAUCGAUGUGCAACCUGAGAUGGGCAUCGCGAUGAGCGCCCGCGCCCGCAUCCAGAUCAACCUCGCCGUGUCGCAGGUCGUGGAUAUCAAGCAGGUCGCCAACUUCCCCGACAUCGUGUUCCCCAUCCUGUGGUUCGAGGAGGGUAUCGACGAGCUGCCAGAGCAAGUGUCGUCGCUGCUCCGGCUGGCGACGCGCGCGCCGCCGAUCGCGCGCGCCGCGCUGGGCUGGGGGCUCUCCGCGCUCGGCGUGCUGCUCUUGCUGCUCGCCGUCACCUGUCUUAUACGAUCAUCUCACCGCCAAAGCACGCUACGGCUUGAAGGUCACGCCGUCGCCAAACCCCCGCCCGCCAAAGUGCCCAGCAAGGACAACGGGUACGAACUCAACAACAGGAGAUAACUGCCGCGCCGCUAGACAACACUCGAGGCGGCCAGAUGGCGCUACUGUGCGGCGGUAGUGUUGGGUAUAGUGUAAUAGAUGGCGCCACUGCCUAUGAAAAAUAUCCUGAACCGGUACCACGCAAAUUGAAGAUUGAAGUUCUAUCUGUAUCACUGUCGCUUUUGCGCUAAUCUGGUGAAUGAGGUAGAGAUUUACAAACAUGGAUCUUCAGAUUUCGCGGUAAUGUUUAGGAAUGAGUUUUCAAUUAUUUUUAUGACGAAUGAUACCUUGACUUGGGUCAGUGUAGCCACCUAUUUCGAAGUUAUUUUUUCUAAUAGGGAAAGAACUGAAUCUCAUACGUAUCUUUAAGAGACAGUGGUCGUCUCGGGUGUAAAAUAGAUUUAUUAAAUCCUAAAACAAAUUAAACAUCAGAAACAGUCUGGAUAAAUUAUUUAAAGAGUUAACAAGAAUAUUUAAGCUCGCAGGAACGAUUGGAAGGAAUUAUUUAAAUUAACUGAAAUCUUCCAUUUUAUUUGAGGAUUAUUAAUUAUUAGUAAUAAACAAAUCGCUGCAACUUAUGAGUUGUAUUGACUAAACAGUAGAUGGCGUUGUCAAACUUAAAAAUAGUUCUUUUCAUUUGUUCCGAUGAUACUUUUAAAAUUAAAUAUAAAUUGACAUAAAAGCUUAUUUUUAUCAACUGACAUAAAUAGAGAUUGUCUUUAUUACAAAUAGCAAAGACAUUUUUAUGAAUAAUAUUAAAAGAAUUGUAUCGAUGUAACUUAAUUUAGUGCUGAAAAAAUUACUUUUCGAGUUGUUUUUGUAUUAUUAUUAAUGAGCGACUCGACGACUUAUUUUUUUUUUGAUAAAAUAUGAAUGAAUUUAUUAAUUCAUUCAAUUAUUAAUUCACUCAUUCAUAUUGUAUAAAAAAAUUAAGAAUGAAUGAAUGAAUUAAUUCAUUCAUUAUUAAUGACUCGACGACUUAUUUUUUUUUGAUAAAAUAAAAUGUUAUUCGACCGUUUUGUAUUCAGGUCGGCUUCUACUUAAUCAACGAUUGUGAUACAAACAUUCUAAUUGUGUCAAAUAUAGAACAAAAUGUUAUUUUGUGAGGAUUUAAAUUUAAUAAAUUUUUGUAUUUUCUAUACUUAUACUAUUUUACUUGUAAAUAUGUCCUAUGUAUAUGUGCUAAUGAUGGGUCAAUUGUAAUGGUAUUUAAUGGUUGUUUUGACCCCAUUUUAUAGGCAACUAAUACUAGAUGGCGCUAUUUUUUCACUAAUAUAAACUUUAAAAAAAAACCAAUAUUUUUUCAAGUUCCCCUUAAUACCUGUAUUUUUCACAAUUCGACUAAGUAAAAGCCGAAACACCUGUAACCUUAAAAAAACAAUUCGUUUUCAAAAUGGCGCCAUCUAGUGUUUAUUUGCCGAUUUAACUCAUGUUCUUCUUAAUUUGGGCUCGGGUUGCCAUGUAAUUUGUUUUAUCGGUCUUAAGGCAAAUGUGAUUGACAUACUAAUAUUAUAAAGCCCGGCUAUGAAUUCACGUCAUCUCGUCAUUUUACGUCUACCAACUUUACAGUCCUUGGCUUAUUUCAAAAGGCAUAACCUCAAACCUACUCCCUCAACCGAACUCCCUAAUCUUAAAAUAAGUUUUUUUUUUAUUGGCAAAAUAUUGCGAAGCAUCCAAAAUUCUCUAAGCGUUAUUUUAAGCUCACUAUAUUGGUUUUUUUCUCAUAAGAAUUUGUCUUUAAUUUUAAUCGAAAGGUGACUUGAAUUUGUAGCCUGCUUGUACUUACCAAUAGCUAGUCUUUAAUCUCAUGGGUCCGUCCAUAGUUUUAUAUUUUUUUAUGUAUAAACUUUAAAAUAUUUUCUUACCGUUUUAUUUCGUAGUUCUUUUUAACUAUCUUGGAAAGGUUAGUACGUAGUAAGUCAUUUAAUGUAAUUCUUAGUUUAGGUUCGGUGCGUUACCUCCGGGAUGAAAUGUAUUAUAUUUGCGCAUUCGUGUAAAAUGACAUGGUUUAAGAAACCAAAUAUCCAUAUUAUAAAUUUAAUGAAAGCGCCACCUAUCGGCAAAUUGUGAAACGUUUAUGUCAACUAACAACUGUUCUCAAUAUCACCAUCAGGUAACUAGAGUUAAACCAAGAAAAGUGGUGCCCUCAAGUCCAUAAAAACAUUUUUUGACAGGACACGCAGUGCCGGUGUUAUUUUAGACGUCAAACUUCUAUGAAAUUAUGACUUAUAAAUUACACUGGCACUGCGUGUGCUGUCAUAAUCUCUGCAGUCUUUUCUUGGUACUAAAUUCAAAACAAAAUGAAUAAUACUCACAUCUAUACUGCUUUAAGCUCUACAGAAAAACGUCGAGUAGACGACAUGGGACCUAUUAUUGUAGGUUCUGUAUCAGUAACUCUUAUUAAAACUGGGUAUUUCAAUUUCUGUUGCAACCCUGUAACAAUUACCUUUUUUUUUUUUUUCAAGCAAUAGUUACAAAAAAUAUUGAGAACAGUGUUAGAUGAUGUAAAUUUAUGAAUUUCAGUUAGAUAAUUUCAUAACCACGUCUCUAAUCAAGACAAUACUUUGACUUUAUAAAGUUAGGGUGGUAUUUGACGCAUCACAUUCCAUGUAAGGUAAAUUAGACUGACAUUGGUAAAUAUGACUUUAAUAUGACAUUUCAAUUUCAAUCAUACAAUUUAAUUCAUAUUUUUGUAAACACAUAUUAAAAUUCUUAAUGUAUAUUGUAAUUUGGAUUCCAAUUAUGACAUGUUAUAAAAUGUUUGUUAUUAUAUAUCACUUGUUGACUGGCAUGUUAUUAUGUUAUCCGCAUGACAAUAGUUAUAUUAGCCAAAUAUGUCCUAGCACUUGUGAAGGGACUUUAAAAAGCGACCUUUAUAUUCUUGUUGAAGGUUACAAAAAAUAUUUACAAUUUGGUGCCUGUGACCAGGAUAUUUUUAUUUAUUAUCAAAUACUAUUAGAAAAAGCUAAUUCUAAUUUUCAAAACCCGACAAGUCAUCUGACAAAUGUUAAUUUUAAAUCUAUUAAGAUAUACCAAAGCGCCAGGCCAGCUCGGAUUUUUCAUAAUAAAGCAAAAUUCUCAAUAGACAGUUAUUAUAUAGAAUGGUCGUCACAGUGCUAGGUCUGUGGAUGCUAUGCUCAAACUACAGACAUAUCACAACGUAUGCUAGUGUUCAGUGCUCAAGUCUGUUAGACGGAACGAGUGUGUAAAUAAAGGUGUAUGUUAUAUGACAA